CAAACAGAUUAGUUGGUAUAAUUGCUCUGCCGAGCUGUGUUCACACUGCUUCGCUCAGCAACAUUGCUUGGUGUUAAGGAUGUACGUCAUUGCUAAGUGAAACCUACAAGAGAUUUCCAGUGAAUUUUCAAUUUAAUGGAGAAAUCAAGGAUUAACGCGGUUUGAGAAUGUGUAACUAAGGUUUAGAAGGCAGUGUAUUGCAGGUAAAUAGCCAAGGAGCUGUCAGGUAGCCGAAGAGGCCGCGUGGGCCAGGUCAGCCAGCGGAGUCUCAACGUCGGGGUGGUAAACAAAAACACCGGUGUUUGUACAGUCUCGGCCAUAAAAAUAUUGCCACAAUGCUGGCCCAGUCGGCCUAUCUCAAGGUUACGCGCCUCUCGCUGCGCUCCGCCUCGAAUCUCUCCAAGCGCCGGGUGUACGAGCUGAGCUCCGGGAUCGGUGAGCUGCGCCAACUGCUGUCCUGUGUUGUCUGUUGUCAACUUUUGGUCGAUCCCUACUCCCCGAAGGGCAAACGAUGUCAGCACAAUGUGUGUCGCCUGUGCCUGCGCGGUAAAAAACGUCUGUUUCCCAACUGCUCCCAGUGCGAGGGGUGCUCCGACUUUAAAACAUACGAGGAGAAUCGUAUAAUGGGCACCCAACUGCUAUGCUAUAAGACGCUGUGCGUCCAUCUGCUACAGUCCUCGCUUUUUGGUCAAUUGAGUGGUCUAAGGCCCGAAGUAGGCAAGACGCUGGUGUCUCGCAUCAAGCUACCGGCCAUGACUACCCAGGAAUUCAUAAGAGAAGGCUCCAAUAUCUCUGACACGGGCGACACGUUCCUGCCUGAGCCAGAUCUUCCCUUCCUCAAGGAACUGCCCACGUCGCUGCCCGCAGAAACACCGCCCACAACGGCGGCCACCACUCCGGAGUUACCCUACGAUCAGCACCUCAACAUCAGCGACAUCGAAGCAGAAGCGGCGGCCACAGCCGAGCAGGGACACUUUUCGCCACUUCCCCUGCUUCCGACGGGAUCUCGCAUGGAUCUGCUGUCCCACGGUGGACAGAUAGUGAUUGCCACCGAGUCAUCGGAAUCGGGCUUUAUGGAUCACGCUUGGACUGAUCAGGUAGACCUAUCUGGGGCCGUUUCGGUGUCUAGCUUUCCCAGUAACAGCACCAACUUUGCCGUGUCAUAUGUUAUGCCCACGGGUGCUUCCACGCCAUUCGAUCCCCAGGAACUGCAAAUCGGCCAAGUCGUUCAAAUGGGAAACUCCACACAGUUGGCUGUGCUGGCUGCCGUUGAGGAGACCGUUGAAACCUCCACCCAUGUGGCUGUGCUUGCCUCUGCUGUUGAAGAAGCAGACGUGACCUCUACUCAGUUGGCUGUGGUAUCAUCCGUUGAAGAAGCCGAAGAAAUCUCUACUCAAUUGACUGAGCACCCAGAUGAAGAACCUCAGCAGGUUCUGGCUACUGUUGAAGAGAUGGUAGAGAUCAAUGAGUCUGCAGUUCAGACGGAGGCUUUGGUUGACUGUGAGAAGUUCGAAGAAAACAAUACACACUCGGAUAUUCACACCUCACAGUCACCUGUGCUAGCGGAUAGUAAGGAGCCAGAGAAGGACCCAGUUACUCUUAAGCGAAAGUUGACCCCGCUGCUAGAAGAAUGGCAGGAAGAAAAGGAGAUGGAUAAAGACUUAGGGGAGUUACACGCAGCUGCCGAGGAGGAAGAAGAAGCGGCAUUGCUUCCCAAAAGUGUAGAGCUCGAGGAGGAAGUCAUACCCGAAGCCCCGCUGAAACGUAAGCGAACCCGUAGCUUGAAAGCCCCUCAAACUGCUAAAAUCGAGUCGGCUCAAGCUGAAGUCAAGACAAAACUUCAAUCUGGGAAAAGUGCCUUCCGAAAGGUUCGUGGAAAGGAGAAGGAGGAAAAGGAAAAGGCAAAGCCAACCAAAUCCAAGUGCCGCUGCGGUAUCUCGGGCUCGGCCAAUCCUCUUACCACCUGCCGUAACUCUCGUUGUCCGUGCUACAAGAACUUCAAUAGUUGCACUGGAUGUCAUUGCGUGUGUUGCAAAAAUCCUCACAAAGAAGAUUAUGUGGAAAGCGAUAAUGACGAUGAUGGUUUUGAGGACCUGAAAGGAGAACAAGAGCCGCUGCUACAAUCAGAGAAACCAGCAGCACCACCUCAGCAAGGGGAUAACAGUCGAGACACAGCACAGCAGGAUUCGUCGAGCGACGGCAUAAGUUUGGUACCCCUCAACAACCUUCAGCAGUCACAGCAUCCUUUGGUUCUGGUCCAGAAUGAGAAGGGCGAAUACCAGGGCUUUAAUAUCUUCCAAGGCAACAAACCCGUUGAUCCAGCCACUGUUGGCUUUAUUCGAGUUCAGCUGCAAAACAACGAUGGCAACGGUUCCAUUCCCCAGUAUGCCUAUGUAAUGCCACCGCCUGCGAUGCCUGACCCACCACCGCCAUCUCUUUCGCCACCACCUCCUCCAGCUCCUCCACCACCAGAAAGGGAAGUCAUCGAGCCGCCGCCCAAAAAGUUUAGAACCAGUAGAACCCGUAGGGGAAGGGCCAAUUUCUCGGCCCUCGACACAGUAGACGAGCUUGUCAGUGGCGGAUCCAGGAGUAAUUCUGCCGCUGGCGAUAGAUUAUCGGCCACUGACAAUGCCCACUCACUGUUCGAGGAGAUCAUGUCUGGCUCGGAUGACUUGUAAGCAAGGAGACUCUUCCAUAUAUGUUGUUUUGUCUUUAGAAAGCUUUUUUGUGUAUGUGUUUUAUGUUUCCCGGUAUCAGCUUUGACUCAUGUUAUGGAUGGUCCUAUUUACCACUUAAGUCCAUCCAUAACUAGUUAAAGCACUGUGGUGUUCUUCUUACUGAUCGUCUUAUUUUGUUAACGUCCGGUUUCGUAUUUUUUAUGUACAGUUCCUCUACCCUAGCAAAAACCUCUCAAGUCACCUCCCAAAUGUAUUUUAGGAGCUUUCUCCAUCCUGAGGAUUUCCCAAAAUUCAUGUAAUCAACCAGCAAACGUUUCCAAAACUAAAUUUUUUUUAAUAGGUAUUAAGCAAAACAGUCGCAUAUAAUUUAGAGGUAAAGCAAUUCUUCAGCAAAAUUAUGUAUUUAAGAGCAAGGCAAUAGUCAGGACUAAAUAAUAUUUUCGUUUAACGAACAGCGAAUUAAAAAAUAACUUAAAGGCUUUGCUGAAAAUGCGGUUGCUGUGAGCCAAACAAAUUUUUUUCAUAGGCUAAGACAAUUUUUUUCAUAGGCUAAGACAUUUUUUUGAGCAUGAAUUUUUUUGAGCACGUGAACUACUAUUUAAGUAAAAAUAUUUCAAACUAAGCCAUAUAUAGCCAUAUUAUAUAUGAGCAAACUAUAAACUAUAAACUAUUUAACAAAUGCAAAUAAAUAUGAGAAUUGGUCUCAGUAAUAAUGUGACAUUUUAAAGGUAUGGGUGGUUUCCAGAAUGCAAUAUUGUCUUUUUAAGGUAUUCACUUAAUAGACUUAUGAAAGGCGAUUCGUAUUUUCUGGAACAUCGUUCUCGGGAGUGAGAAAAACGAGUGCCUCCAGAGUCUCAAAUGCACUGGCCGUUUCCGCUCACUU